AUGCAAGCAGAAGAGUUUUUGAAGAUAUCAGAGGAAAAAACACUGCCUCCAUUAGAACAAGAAACAAAAAAACAAACAAAGAAGAUAAGGAGGUGUGGAAUAUGCAAAAAAGUUGGGCAUUCUAGGAACGUUUGUCCAAAUAAUAAGGAUUUAAAUAUACCAUUUGAAUGGAAUAGAAGCACAGAGACAUUUUGCGGGAUGAUUACACCGACUCAUGGAAAAGCUAGCAACAUUCCAUUGACUAAAAAUAAUAAAAAACGUAAAUCGGAGUCUAAUCCAUCUAAUGGAGCUAAAACACCGACAAACUGUGAAUUAGGAUAUACAAAUAUUACCCAAAAAACACCAUGUAGUAUGGGAAAAAAUAGACUUUUUAUUAAUAGUUAUUAUCAGGAUAAUAAGGAAAAUGGAUUAUUUUCUCAUGUUCAUCCAUUCAAAGUAUAUAAUAAUCUUGAGGAAAUUAUUCCAUCUAUGGAUUUUUUAUUUCCAUAUGAGAAUAUGAAGUGGUAUGAAAGUAUGGAAUACUCAGUUGAUUUUGAAAAUAUACAACCUGGUUCUCGAAAAGAUAUGCUUGCUUUUUGUAAAUUCAAUUCGUAUAAAAAGAUUAAUUAUGAAGAUAUUCUGGAUGAUUCUCCAUUAUUUAAACCUCUUUCAAACAGUAUUUUCGAUUUUAUUGAAGACGAAAUGGGAAGUAAAAGCCCAAUCCUAAAUUUUUAA